AUGCUGGGAAGCAGAGCUGUGAUGCUGAUGCUGCUGCUGCUGCUACUGCCCUGGACCUCUCAGGGCCGGGCUGUGCCUGAGGGCAGCAGCCCUGCUUGGGCUCAAGGCCAGCAGCUCUCACAGCAGCUCUGCACGCUGGCCUGGACUGCACAUCUACCAAUGGGACAUGUGGAUCUACCAAGAGAAGAGGGAGAUGAUGAGACUACAAGUGAAGUCCCCCAUAUCCAGUGCGGGGAUGGCUGUGAUCCUCAGGGACUCAGGGACAACAGUCAGUCCUGCUUGCAAAGGAUCCACCAAGGCCUGGUUUUUUAUGAGAAGCUGCUGGGCUCAGACAUUUUCACAGGGGAGCCUUCUCUACACCCUGAUGGCUCUGUGGGCCAGCUUCACGCCUCCCUACUGGGCCUCAGGCAACUCUUGCAGCCCGAGGGUCACCACUGGGAGACUGAGCAGACGCCAAGCCCCAGUCCCAGCCAGCCCUGGCAACGCCUCCUUCUCCGCCUCAAGAUCCUUCGCAGCCUCCAGGCCUUUGUGGCUGUAGCUGCCCGGGUCUUCGCCCAUGGAGCAGCAACUCUGAGCCAGUAA